AUGACACGAAAAUCACACAAGAAAUCCCGAAACGGCUGUGUCGAGUGUAAGAGGCGUCAUAUCAAGUGCGAUGAAGCGAAGCCGCAGUGCACCAACUGCGUCGUCGUCGAGCGGACCUGCGAAUACGCAGCAAUACGGCGUCGCAAACCCAGCCAGGCGCAGCAGCAGAGGCGGGACGCGCCAUGGAAAUCUGUUGAUCAUAAUACGCCCCAAACACAGGCGGCCCACACUCCUGGGACAAUCUCAGAAUGUGCCGUCCCGUCUGAUAACGUGGUCGCUACCACGGUGACCACGCCAGGGCAGGGCGCCUCGACUACUCCGUUGCCUGGGCACGGUCAUACGUCAGAUCCGGACACACCCAUCAAUCUACAUCACAUGCGCCUGAUUCUUCAUUUUUCUCUAUCGACCGCUGUUCCAGAGAUCCCCGACCAUCUCGCCAAAGGUGGCACCGAGCUCGUGCUGCGACUUGCCCUGGAAACGCCCUAUCUCCUCCAUCAAGUCCUGGCUGUGUCCGCCCGACACCUGGCCCAUCUGCAUCCCGACGACUUCCAAUUCUUUUACAGCCAGGCCAUCAAGUUUCAGACCAAGGCGAUCGAAGGCUUCAGCGCUUCGCAACCGCUCGGCAGCGACGCCUGCAUGCCCGCCGUCCUCUUCUCGUCCAUUCUUUCCCGCCACUCGCUGGUGGACACGCUCAACACCCGACCAAGAGGCUUCGCAGAGUUCCUCGACAGCUUUGUGCAGUGCGCGCAGCUGUACAGGGGCGUACGGGCCGUCGUGGCCGGCGUGUCUUGGUCAAGCCUGCUCGAGUCGGAGCUUGCGCCGUUCCUCAAAUGGGGAAUGAGUAAUUCGGAUGCGGUGACACACGGGCAUGAAUGCGACCAGCUCCUGCGUCUUCUGGCGAUUACGCCAGGGCUAGAUCCUGUGUCCCGCGAGUCUUGCCGCACGGCGGUGCACCAUCUCCAGAUCGGCUUUGACGACUUGGCCAACCGUAGGCCCGACAAGAACCCGUAUCGGAUGCUCUCUACCUGGAAUGUGUUUCUUCCGGACGAGUUUGUAGAUUUGCUUGGCCGACAUCACCCUGCGGCGGCUGCCGUUAUGGGCUGGUAUGCGGUGCUGCUGCAUCACGGUCGCCAUAUGUGGCAGGUUGGCGAUGCCGGUGCCUUCAUUCUAGCUUCUUUGGUCGAAUUUCUGGGGAUGGAAUGGUCGCAUUGGCUGGAGUGGCCGCAGUCAAUUAUUGAGUCUGAAUCCUGA